ACUGCUUCCAAAAAGGAAGCAGAAUAUCAAAGUGGCGAGAAAGUUAUAGAGACAGAAACGAAAUUGGAAAACAAUGUAUCUAAUAGAAAUAAUAUUGACAUCAAUAACUCGGCCACGUACCAUUCUAAAAACGUCACUUUGGGCGCCGCGAAAAGUAAUUAUGAUAACAAUGAAACGAACAUGGAAAAUCAUCUUUUGAUGACUCAAGAAAACUCAAAUAACACUGUUACCCGACAGACAGAUAAGUUGGUUUGCGUGUAUCUUGCAGACAAACGUAUAGUAUGUCGUCGAAAUGACUCAACCGCUGUUAAAGUUUCGAUUAAGCCAAUUUAUACGACAACUUCUGAAACAGUGACGGUGACAGAUGACGCUAAUAUUAAUCAAAAUUCUAGUAUAGCAGAUGUACGUGGCGAAAGCAGGACUCUUGAAAAUAAGCCGCGCGAGAGGCACGGAUCGGCUUACCGAAACGACAUGAGAAAAUUAUUCUCUUCUUCUUUGAUGAAAACGUCUACGGAAUCCGCAGUUGAUGCACGGACUUCAACGAUAGCAAACAGUGCCUCUUCAAAAAAUUCUAAUUUAUUACUCAAUCAAACUUACGAGCGACAAAAAUUGGGAGAAAAUGAUAUUGAAACAAAGAAUAACAAUCUGGAUAGUAAGAAAGAUUUUUUUGGAUACAAGGCGAAAAAAGAUGGUGAGGUUUCAAAAGAUUACGGGGAAUAUCUGAGCCGCCGCGUCGUGCCACCCAAAAGAACAGCCCCCGUAACUGCGAGCGCGAAUAAAAUCGAAGACUACACCGUAACGAGUGUAAAAUACGACCGAGCGCGGAAAGCAGCUUCAUCUGUUUCAAAAGAAUUGUCCACAACAGCGAAAACGAACAAGAAUUAUUAUUCCUCGAUGAAGACAGAAAAAUUGCUGUAUGAAGUAAAAUCACCUCAAGUAGAAAUACGUCGUUUUCCAGCAAUCAAUGCCGUUGAAGAUGUCGAUAUAAUGUCAAACCUGUCAGCUUCGAAUCACAACACGACCCAGCAUGGAGGUAAUAAAAAGUAUAAUAGUAAAACGCGCAAGCAGUCAAAUGUUCUUUUCGAGAAAUGCUACGGAAACAACAAAAGGACGCGGAGUGACGAGGAGAUCGAUUCCGGAUUGGUAAGUUCCGACGAGACGCCAGGAUCGGUAACUGCGAAUGAUCGUACGUACACGUCGAAAGAAUCGCAAGAAUCCAGGGAGACUCUGGAUUCGCCAGCAGACGAUUUCGGCGUCCUGAUAUUAAGCUCCACGACAACGAGGGCUCCCGAGGUCGUCACGCGGGAUGCAAACGAAUCCAGGGAGAAGUCUACCGAAAGGCACGGCAGACGCAAGCACAAGAGCCAUAAUGAUCGUAAGAACAACAGACCCAAGAAGAGGAGGAAGAAUCCCGACGCGAAGCGUAAGAGAAAACCGACAUCGACCGUCGCUUGGGAAGUCGACGUGCUGACGAGCGUCGAUUAUGGCGGCGCUUAUAGUUCGGAGCGGACGAAGACUACGCUCCCUCAUAACGGUCCAGAAUACGACAAAGCUGACGGUAAUCGGAAUACGAGCACUGGCAAAAACGACUGGUAUCUCACUGAUGAAAUUACAACGGAAUCUUUUAAGACAGAAUUCUCUAACGCUGAUGAGUCCGUUACAUCAAGCCCCACGGAAGACAGCACUCACAAUGGACCUGGAUCGGAAGAAACGAGUGUGGAUCUUGUCACCAGCAGCACCGUAUCCUAUUUAUCAACGGAGUUCAAUAAGAAAGAUUCUAAAAAAUGUAAAGUAUCAAUUACCACUACCGAGAGCAGCUGGCUUAAAAAUUUGUGGUCAAACGAGGAUAAAGAAAUAGAGCAGGAAUCGGCCAAGUGUGAAGAAGACGUUACUUGGUUUCCGACCACAAACGAUUCGGUGGAAAGAGAAACAAGUUACGACAGUACUUCUGUCAGCGAUGGCUCUUCCACGUACGACGCGAUAUCUCAAUCAGACGGUAUUACUGUGUCAUUUUCCGGCAGAGAAAAUAAGGAGAUAAGCAGCGAAGAAAUGAGCACAGCAUAUAGUACGGUUAAGGUUGGAGAAAGUAACGACGAGAGAGACACGACAGGUAAAUCGAUCUUGGACGAAGAAAGUGACGAAAACAAUGAAGUACAGUUCUGGGGUCUAGAAAGUGUCACGCGUCCAGCGAGCGGAGGUACUACGCACGACGCGAAUUCGGAUCUCGAUAGCGAAGAGGAAAGAGACGCGACGAAGAAAUUGAUAUUCGACGAGGACAACGAGAUCGACAACGGCGUCGCGGCGAUCACGGAGGAUUACGAGAGCGACAAUUGCAGCGAGACCCAGCACGCUUGUGAUAAAUAUACGUGCAUCGAGGAGGACCGAAUCUGCGACGGUAUCGUAGAUUGUCUCAGUGCUAAUGACGAAACCGACUGCGAUUACAUAUACAUCAAGAGGUGGGAAAUGGAUCUGAAAACUAAGUCGCGUCUUCUCAUCUCAUCGAACACCGUCGAGGACACGUUGCUUGACGGAUGCAGCCGUUACGAACAUCCUUGCGAUGGUACGUGCAUAAACGCGCUGAAUGUCUGCGACGGCAAGAAGGACUGCCUGGACGGCACGGACGAGGAAAACUGCACCGAAGAAUGCCCCAACGGUCAACUACCCUGCGACAAUGGCGUCUGUAUCAAUAAGAACUUCUUCUGCGACCACAAUGUCGACUGCCACGACGCUAGUGACGAACGAAAUUGCCCGGACAGCGGAGAGAGCGGCGGCUCGGGCCAAGAGUGUCACCACGACAGCUUCAUCUGCGGCGACGGCAGAUGCAUACCUCGAGCCGCAGUGUGCGACGGACGUGCGGAUUGUCUGCACGACGAAGACGAGAUUAAUUGCCGUCAAGGAUGCACGCGGGACCAGUUCCAGUGCGCCAAUGGAGAUUGCAUCCGCGCCGAUCAGAAGUGCAACGGCAUCGUCAACUGUGCCGACGGUUCCGACGAAGAACCGGAGAAAUGCGAGACGCCAGAGCCAUCGCCAUCAGGCCAGUGUGCUGCGGAGCAAUUUAUGUGCAUUUCGGAUAGAAGGUGCGUUCCAGUGUCCUCCAUCUGUAACGGAAUUCCAGAAUGUCGAGACGGAUCCGAUGAGCAUAAUUGCGUUCGCAAAUGCCCGCACGGGGAAUGGAGAUGCAAGAGCGGCAAUUGUAUACCCCAUCAUCAACGUUGCGAUCGCCGGAUCGACUGUCCGUACGACGACAGCGACGAGUUGGGCUGUCACCAUAAGGCGACGGAAAGAAAUCAUAGUAGGUGCAGCGCGCACGAAUGGAUGUGCAAUGACGGUCAUUGCAUCCCGCUGCACCAGCGAUGCGACAAAAGGCUCGACUGUCCUAGAGACAUGUCCGAUGAGAUGGAUUGCAGUUAUGAUAAUUAUACCGAUGGAACAUCCGAUCUUAAACUGAAGACUUAUCCCAGUGAACAAGUGAUCAAAGAAAACCCGGCGAAGCAAGGUCGCGAGGUCGUGUUCCAAUGCCGUGACGAGGGUCAUCUACGUGCCAGAGUACGGUGGGUUCGCGGCAACGGCCUUCCUCUGCCGUCCGGCAGCCGAGACAUCAACGGCCGCUUGGAGAUACCCAACAUCCAACUCGAGCACGCUGGAACGUACAUUUGCGAAGCCGUGGGUUAUCCACCGUCCACCCCAGGCCGUCAAGUUAGCGUCGCCCUCGCCGUCGAGAAGUUCGAGCAACCGGUCACCAGGCCGCCGCAAGUGUGCCAGUACGAUCAGGCUACCUGCAGCAACGGCGACUGUAUUCCCAAAACGUACAUUUGCGAUGGUAAAUUCGACUGCACCGAUGGAUCCGACGAAAUGCGAUGCAGUCUGCACGGAUGCGAGCCCAACGAGUUCCGUUGCAAUAAUAAGCAGUGCGUCAGCAAGCUGUGGCGUUGCGACGGCGACAAGGACUGCGCGGACAACAGCGACGAGGAGAACUGCGCGCCGUCUCCUCUGGGCUAUCCGUGCCGCUACAACGAAUUCGCCUGCAGCAGCAAUAAACAGUGUAUUCCGAAGAGCUACCACUGCGACAUGGAGCGCGACUGCUUGGACGGCAGCGACGAAGUUGGAUGCUCUCCCGUUUACAUCGUGAAACCUCCACCGCCGAUGGUCGUCCUCGUACCGGGCGACAUGUUGGUCCUCACCUGCACGGCGGUCGGUGUUCCGAUCCCGGAAAUCAACUGGCGUCUCAAUUGGGGGCACAUCCCCGCGAAAUGCACGACCGUGUCCACCAAUGGAACGGGCACGCUGACGUGUCCGGACAUAGAGCCGGAGGACCAGGGCGCGUACUCGUGCGAGGCGCUGAACGUCGGGGGCUUCGUCUUCGCCGUGCCGGAUGCGAUCGUUGUCGUAAAGGAACGCGGCAACGUCUGUCCGAGGGGCAAAUUCAAUUCCGAGGCGAAAAACGCCGAGGAGUGUAUCUCGUGCUUCUGCUUCGGCGUCGCCACCGAGUGCCGAAGCGCCGAUCUUUUCACUUAUCAGAUCCCGCCGCCGUUCGACCGUCACAAGAUCGUCUCGGUCGAGACCGUCUCGACGAUUAAGAUCCACGGCGACGUUAGCAAUCAGAUAUCACAAAUCCGCCCGCUCGGCCGGGACGGCGUUCAAUUGCUAGAAUCCUUCAGCAAUGAUCUGAACGACUACAGCAUUCCCUACUUCGCGCUGCCGGAGAACUAUCACGGCAGUCAAUUAAAGUCCUACGGCGGCUACCUGAAAUACUCGAUCCGCCACAGCGGUAACGGCACGCCGAACAACGCACCCUCUGUAAUCCUGAGUGGCAACAAUUACAUCCUGGUGCACAAAAGUGAAGACCCAACGCCGGAUUACGAGACCGAGAAGACCGUCAGGUUCUUCUACGGCGAUUGGUACAAGCAACAAGGAAGAGGCGAGGUUCUGGCCUCCAGGGAGGAGAUUAUGAUGACGCUGGCGAACGUGGACAACAUUCUUAUAAAAGUGAAAUACGACGACUCGCCGCAGUUGGACGUUCGUCUCACCAACAUCGUUAUGGACACCGCCGAUGUACGAAACACCGGUCUAGGAUCCGCGUCCUUCGUCGAGGAAUGUCAAUGUCCCACUGGAUACACUGGUCUGUCCUGCGAGCACUGCGCGCCUGGUUAUCUGAGACGCGAAAGCGGACCGUGGCUCGGGCAAUGUUACAGGGACGAACCACCGUGUCCUCCGGGAUAUUACGGCGAUCCUUCAAGGAAUAUUCCUUGCCAGAUUUGUCCCUGCCCGCAUACCAAUCCGUCGAAUCAGUUCGCCCGCACGUGUCAUCUUGGCUCUGACGGCCAACCCACGUGCGAUUGUCCUCCCGGCUACGUUGGACGCAGGUGCGAGCAGUGUGCCACCGGUUACCAAGGGAAUCCCCUUAUUCCUGGAGAUAUGUGCGUUCCACUUCAACAAUGUGAUCCUAACGGCAGCCUUAGUCCUAACGCUGAUCCUCAUACCGGAAAGUGUCACUGCAAGCAAUACGCAACGGGUCUUACUUGCAACCAAUGUAAGGCGAAUACCUUUAAUCUGGCCUCCGCAAAUCAAUUUGGGUGCAUAGCUUGCUUCUGCAUGGGCAUCACCAAUAGAUGUGCCUCUUCUAACUGGUACAGGAACGAGAUUCGUGUGUCAUUCACCAACUCGAUUCGGGGCUUCUCCCUGAUCGAAUCCAAGAGCACUGACACGCCAGACAUUGUGGAGGGAAUUCAUCUGAACACCAUCAGCCGGGAAAUAGUCUACAGCGAAUUUCCCAAUCGUGGUAACAAUGAUGUCUAUUACUGGCAACUGCCCAGCAUUUUCCUAGGGGAUCAAAUAACAUCUUACGGCGGCAAUCUGAAGUACACCGUCAGAUACGUGCCCUCUCCGGGCGGUCAGAGUUCAAGGAAUAACGCCGCGGACGUCGAACUAAUCAGCGCUAACGACAUCAACUUGCUCUAUUACUCUCGCGAGUCUCCCGAGCCUAACUCCCAGCAAUCAUUCACCGUGCCAUUGCUCGAGCAAUAUUGGCAACGUAACGACGGAACCCAAGCGGACAGGGAGCACCUUCUAAUGGCCUUAGCGGAUGUACGAGCCAUCAGAAUCAAAGCCACUUACACGACGCACACAGAUGAAGCUGCGCUCUCGUUUGUGUCUUUGGACACCGCCGAGAAAUACAACACAGGUAAGGCUCGUGCGGUCGAAGUUGAAGAGUGUACUUGUCCCAUCGGCUACAGAGGACUUUCAUGCGAGGAUUGCGACGUUGGCUACACUCGGGCCAUCGAGGGUCUCUACUUAGGCAUCUGCGAGCCGUGCAACUGCAAUAAUCACUCGAAUCAGUGUGACCCUGAAACUGGCACUUGCGAGAAUUGCGCUCAUCAUACCACCGGCGAGUUCUGCGAGCUGUGCGAACCGGGAUACGAAGGAGACGCUAACCGGGGCACACCGGACGAUUGCACAUACAGAAAUCCAAGACCUGAACCAUGCAGAUGUAACGAGGCUGGUGCGCGCAGCACUUCUUGCGUCGACGCCCGAUGCGAGUGCAAGAGGAACGUCGAGGGUCCAGAGUGUAAUCGAUGCCGCCUGUCGACAUACGGAUUACACGCCGAGAACAUUGAUGGAUGCAUCGAGUGUUAUUGCAGCGGGGUAACUGAUCAAUGUCACGAGAGCACAUUGUACGUACAGCAAAUACCGAUGUGGGUAUACGACUCACAUCACGGUUUUACUCUCACGGACUCGACUAGACGCGACAUAAUCGACGACGGCUUCGAGCUAAAUGUGGCGAUGAAUGAAAUCGGCUAUCGGUAUCCGGAUAACAGAAACCACAGACUGUUCUGGUCGCUUCCGAGCGUCUUCACCGGUAACAAGGUGAAGAGUUACGGCGGUAACUUGACUCUGACGCAGCAUAUCACCGCGUAUCCUGGCGCUCAGAGUUAUAAGGAUCAAGACAUUCUACUGAUUGGCAACGGCAUCACAUUGUACUGGACAAAUCCGGUGGAACUCCAACCCGAGAUUCCGCUGACCUAUCACGUUCCGUUGAAAGAGCACGAAUGGAGCCGACUGACCUCUGAAGGACCGCGCAGAGCUUCCAGGACGGACCUCAUGAUGGUGCUUUCCAAUCUGGAGGCUAUUUUGGUCCGCGCGUCCCACAGCGAGCGAAUGACCGCAACAUACAUCAGCGACAUCAGCAUGGACACAGCCGUGGAGAAUCAGGUCGGAAACCGACGAGCGACUCAGAUCGAGGCUUGUCGUUGCCCGGCCGGCUACACGGGCACCUCCUGCGAGACCUGCGCCCGCGGUUAUUACAGAGACACCAGCGACCGGACUGUCAGUUACUUGGGCGCGUGCAAUCUCUGCCCGUGCAACAAGAACGAGGAGAGCUGCGAGAUCAGCAGAUCCGGUCAUAUCAAGUGCCAUUGCCUGCCGGGUUACUCGGGACAGUAUUGCCAAGACAGUGGUGUCGGUGAACUCAUGGUAAGCCUAAUGCCCAUGAAAGGCGAAGUCGAGCCGUACUCCACGAUCCAAUUUACGUGCAACUAUGACUAUCCAGACAUGUUUCACAUCUAUUUUAAAUUGUCGUCGCUCGACGGAUUUCCUGUAACUGCGCGGAGCGGCAAAAUCGGCCCGAUAGUGAAGACAGAGAAAGGAGCUGUCCGCACAUGGUUCGUCCAUAUGAGACGUACUCCCUGCAACGUGGAAUGUCACAUCGUGAAUUACCGUGGCAAAGAACUGGUCAGGAUCGUGACUUCGAUUACGCCAGUUGAAGAACCGCAUACCACUACGCCGAGUCCAGUAUCUCCACCGAGGAUCAUAGUUUACAUACAGGAGCCGGAAUUCCAGAUCGUCCACACUGGAAAUACCGUCCGAUAUCAUUGCACAGGCAGAUCGAGAGAUAGCGAGUCGGUACACAUCAGAUGGGAGAAAGAAGGUGGCCAAUUACCGCCUGACAGAAGCGUAGAUGACUCGUACGGAUUGUUGGUCAUUAGAGACGUGAAGGUAUCUGACAGCGGUAUAUACGUCUGCCAAGUGAGCGAUGGAAUAAAUAUCGGGUAUAAGAAAGUCUCGCUGACUGUUGGAGGAGCCAGUCCGGUGGAGCCUAAAGCCGUUAUUAGUCCAUCGUAUCAGCAAGUGAGGGAAGGCGAACCGGUUGAGUUCCGCUGCGAAGCCACUGGUAAUCCGCCACCCCAAUUGGACUGGAUGCGAGUGCACGGAAGCAUGAGUCCAGAGGCGACAUUCUACAACGGCGUGUGGAGUCUUCCAGCCGCAUCGAAGAACGACGCAGCCGAGUACAAAUGUGUCGCUAGGAACAACGUCGGCACAGACGAGAAGACGACGAUCUUAUACGUUCAAGACAAUCCUAACAAACCGCCGCCUCAAGGCUUGCCGCCGACCAUAACUCCGUCCGAGUGGUCCGGAACCAGCGAAGAUGUCGUCAGACUGGUUUGCACGCCGUCUCAACAUGCAAACGUCACCUGGACGAGGUCCGGCGGAUUGCCGCUGCCUUAUACCGCCAGUCAGCGCGACGGGGUCUUAACGAUCAUCAAUCCCACCUCCAGCGAUUCCGGCAUAUACGUGUGCACCGCGACGAGCGUUCGUGGAACGGAGACGAGCACCACCGCUAGGAUUACGAUUACGUCCCACAGAGAACCACCGACGAUCAAGGUCAGGCCGGAACGGCAAGAAGUGUCACAGGGCACAGUGGCAGAGGUGCGAUGCAUUACCAGCGGAGAGCCAGGUCUACAGGUGAAAUGGAGCAAGUACACGGAAACGAUGAGUCCUCGUGUCCAGCAAGUAGGGGACACGCUCAGGAUUAUUAAUGUCCAGAUCUCCGACCGUGGAGUGUACAUCUGCCGGGUUGGCAGCCCCACGGGCAGUUACGAGGCCAGUGCCAUCAUCGAAGUUGAACCUCGCGAGGCUCCAAUUUUAGAGCUGUAUCCACAAGAUGUACAAACGGUCAUCCUCGGCGGUUCCGCUGAUCUUCAAUGUCGCGCGAAGGCCGGCUUCCCGGUACCCGAAUUGCAAUGGUCCCGCCAAGACAAUCGACCAUUCGCUUCCAACGUCGAGCAGCUUCCUGGCGGACUUCUCAGACUGUCGAACAUCACGGCGAACGACGGCGGUGCUUACAUCUGUUCCGCGUCAAACGAAGUCGGCUCGACGUCGGUCAUCGCGCACAUCGAGGUGCAGUCCAUGCCUGUGAUCACCAUCACUCCGAAACAUGGUAUCUUGACUGUUAAACGUGGAAGUCGAGUCCGUUUAAUGUGCAGCGCGAGCGGUCAUCCGCAACCCAAUGUAGCUUGGAGCAAACACAUGAACGGAAUAACUAUACAUGAGUAUAGCAGAACAGCGGCUACUCCCUUGAGCGCCGUUUACGAAAUAUUCUCCGUAUCAUCCGACGACGAAGGCUCCUACACUUGCCAAGCCACGAACCCCGUAGGAAUAGCCGAAGAGCGUGUCCAGAUCCGCAUCGAGGACGACGAUGAUGUGCCAUGCACUGGCGACAGAGGCGAUAUUCCGUGCGACGAUCGACAGCAGCCGCAACCUGAUAGAGACCCGAACCAAACAGGAGGAGGCGUACUGAUUCCCAAAGACUACUUGAGAAUUCCGAACGGCGGCAAAGUGGAGAUGCGUUGUCAGGUCUUUGGCCCGGAUGGAGCCCACAUCUAUCUAGAUUGGAAGAGAAGCGAUCAUCGCUCCCUUCCGGAAGGCAGCACGGUGCUCAAUGGAGUACUCAGUAUUCCGACCGUUGACACGAACGCGGCCGGAGAAUACAUCUGCUUGGGCUUGGAUCCUGCCGGCGCCGUACUCUUCCGAGCGAAAUCUCAUCUUGAAAUUAUAUCUCCGCCGAGAAUCGAAUUAAAUCCAACACGUCAAACAGUGGGACCUGGAGAAAAUCCAUCCAUAAUUUGCACCGCCACAGGAGACGAACCCCUACAUAUUGAGUGGGAGGCUAUAGGUCGCCCGUUGCCAUAUUCUGUAUCGCACAACGGCGGCAUCCUGCAAUUCCAUGGUAUCACCUAUUCCGACGCUGGCAAAUAUGUGUGCAAAGCAACGAAUGCAGCAGGAACGGCGGACGCGGUAGCAGAAGUUUUAGUCAAUGAACAUUCUUACGAUAAUGCAAGGAUCCGCGCUGAACAAAGAGAUGUGGUAACUUACGCCGGCAAUUCCGUGCGCUUACGUUGCGAGAUGCGCGAACGUGCGAUGAUCCAUUGGAGCCGAGAUGGGCAACCCUUGCCGGCCAACGCGCGAAUCGGAGAAGAUUACUUAGAGCUGGUGCAAGUGAAACCGGAGGAUAGCGGAAAAUACAUCUGCCAGGUCCACACGAGCCGCGGCGUAUCCAGCGAUUAUAUUAAUUUCAAUGUUUCUCUAGUUAAUUUGCUUGCGGAUUGCAUGCCAGUGUACCGAUCGCAGUGCAGGCACUGGGAGUAUCAAUGCAGAAGCCUACAAUGCAUUCCGAUGGAAAACUUUUGCGACGGCUAUGUUCAGUGCAACGACGGUACUGACGAACGCUUCUGCCGCAACGCGCGCUAUCGCCAAUAUCUUCAGAGACGACGCGCUGCUGCGGUGCCUUCAAUAAGCAUCGAGGUGUCCCAAGAUCCAAUAAACAUCGGCGAUACGGUCGACAUACAUUGCACAUACGCUGGAACACGCAGUCCACGUUAUCGUUGGACGAGACCGAAUCACGUCAGCCUGCCAAUAAAUGCUCAAGAGUACGGCAAUAUCUUGAGAUUAACUAAUGUAGCCGUUAGCGACAGCGGGCCCUACAGGUGCAUAGUAGACACGCCCGAAGGUGUACUCGAAAAGGACUUCAAUCUGAUCGUCCACGGUGGAAUCCUCGAUGAACCAGCGAUUGAAACGAAAUUCGCGCCAUAUGGGUCACGUCUGGAGAUGGAUUGCCGUCUGGAUCUCGAUCCGCCAAUACAGUUCCAGUGGAGUAAGCUUGGUGGACUUCUGCCACGUGAUAACCAUAUUUCUGAGAACAAAUUAAAGUUGAGUAAUGUAAAAGCCGAAGACGCUGGAACAUACAUUUGCGUAGGAAAUAAUGGAGAAACACGUGUCGAGGUGCCUACGGUGCUGGUUGUAACAGGAGUCGUGCCUAAUUUUAGUCAGGCACCCGAAAGCUACAUCGCUUUCCCGCCACUACCCGAUUCCUAUCUUAAGUUCAACAUCGAAAUCUCUUUCAAACCAGAAAGUUACGACGGCAUUUUAUUAUACAACGACGAGUCAGGCCAGGGCAGUGGCGACUUUAUCAUGCUGUCUCUAAAUAAUGGAUACCCGCAAUUCAAAUUCGAUCUCGGCUCCGGAAUAGCUGUUAUUAGCGCGAAUAACUCUGUUAUUCUGAGCGAGUGGAACACCAUCAAGAUCCAACGCAAUCGAAAGGAGGGUACGAUGCUGGUGAACGGCAAGGGCCCUUACAAGGUGCUCGCUUCGGGCAGACGCCAAGGUCUCGACCUCAAAGAGCCCCUUUACAUCGGCGGAGUGCCCAGCGGCGGCACAAUCAACCCACAGGCUGGGGCGAACACAGGUUUCGUCGGAUGCAUCAGCCGACUAGUCCUCGGGGAGAAACAGGUCGAUCUGAUCGGCGAUCAGACCGAGAGCGCGGGCAUCACGACCUGCGAGACCUGCGCCGAGAAUCCCUGCAACAAUGGUGGUGUAUGUCAGGAAGCGGCCACAAAGAACGGCUACACAUGCCUGUGCCGAGACGGUUUCAGCGGCAAGCACUGCGACAACGUCGGGCAAUCCUGUUACCCAGGUGCUUGCGGAGAAGGUAAAUGCGUCGACAAAGAAGUCGGCUUCGAUUGUUAUUGCCCGAUCGGGAAGACAGGAUCAAGAUGUGAACAUUCGGUGAACAUCUACGACCCGGCUUUCCAUAAUGAUAGAGCUUUCAUCGCUCACGAGACUCCAAAGGCUCUUAGACGGCUUAAGGUAGCCAUGAGUUUUAAACCUGCGGACACUGGGGACGGGAUCUUGAUGUAUAGCUCUCACAGUGACGAGGGCCUCGGGGAUUUUGCAGCGCUCGUAAUAAAGGACAGACACGUCGAGUUUCGCUUCGAUAUCGGCUCCGGAUUAACGACAGUACAAUCGCCGUACGUCGUACAACCCGAUGUAUGGACGUCCAUCGUGGUGAAUCGAGAUUUCAAGGAUGCGAAAUUGUCGGUGAACAGGGAACCGUUUGUGGAAGGCAAGUCACUCGGGGCUGCGAGAACCAUGAAUCUGAAUACGCCUCUUUACAUCGGAGGGGUAGAUCACAGAAGGAUUACGAUCAAUCGGAACGUCGGUGUCGAUCGCAGCUUCCGUGGUUGCAUAAGCCAACUCGAGGUUUCGUCGGUCAGUUUGGACAUAGUGAAGUCAUCGAUCGACGCGGCCAACAUCGAGGAUUGUUCAGAACCUCAUCCAAAUUGGACGAUCCAUACCACUCCGGCGUCCACGCAGCCACCAACAACAUCGUACGACCCUUGUGCAUCGAAUCCUUGCAUCCACGGCCAGUGUCAAAGUCUAAGCGAUGACUAUUCGUGUGUAUGCGAAUACGGAUACGCGGGCCGGAACUGCGAGAAGAUGCAGAAGCAAUGCGAAUUUCUCACCCCGUGUAGAAACGGCGGUACCUGCACGGAUCUCCAUGAGUCUUACAAGUGCGAUUGUCGCCUCGGUUACAACGGGCAAAAUUGCGAAAAGCUGGCAGAGAUAACGUAUGAUGUUGCCUUCAGAGGAGAUGGUUGGCUAGAACUAGACAGAUCUGUCAUGACGCACGAAGAAGAGCGUGAGGUUUUAGGUCUCGAGAUCAGCACUAAUAAAAGCCACGGACUGAUCAUGUGGCACGGUCAAACACCGAAUGAUCUAAAUCCCGAUGAUUACAUUGCUGUUGCUGUAGUAGAUGGGUACGUGGAGUAUCAAUACAACUUGGGCUCUGGUCCCGCUGUGAUUCGCGUUACUGCCCAGCGCGUGGAUGAUGGGGAACGACACAGGAUAAUCCUGAAACGUCAAGGAAGCGACGGCAGCAUCGAAUUAAACGGCGAGCACACCGAGAGCGGUGUCAGCGACGGGCUUCAGCAGAUCCUGAGCGCGAGGGGUAGCGUUUACUUGGGCGGCUUACCGGACUACGCGAUGACUUACGGCAGAUAUCACGACGGAUUCUCCGGUUGCAUUUACACACUGGAGGUGCAGGACUCAGGGGCUAUCGAUAUCGGCGAAAAGGCCAUCAGAGGAGUAAACGUUUCACCGUGCACCAGUGAUCGAACUGAUAGACUUCCCACACGUGGUGACCUCGAGAGAUACUGAAGAGAAAAUCUGCAUUUGCAUCUUGAAGAAUGUACCGUGAAUGUACCAUUGACGAGCGAUAUUGUUAAUGUGAAUGCCGCGUUUAAAUACAAAUAUAUACGUUAAAUUUUUCAUACAUACCUAAUAUUUUGAGGAGGACGCUAGAAGUAUAAAGGAUCAAAAGCAAAUCUGUUGUUACAGCUAAUCAAACGUUGUCAGAACAUUGUGUAACAUAAAGGUGCAACUUUUCGAUUUGGUUUGACGGGACAUCCUGUAUAUGCGCAAAAAUCGAAAAGUGAAACGUAUUUAAAAUACAUGUAUUUCUUUAAUGAUUCAUUAUGAACGACUUGAGGUAACAUGUGAAAGAUACGAAAGUAACUAUUGCUAAGCGAGCAACAGAACAAUUUUAUAUCCAUAGAUAUACAGAGUCUACCUGCACUAAUAUAUUGCUAUCGAUAUUUUAUAAUUAAAAUAACUAUAACGUUUUAUACCGCUUUAUUUGUACAAAAAGAGAUAGAUACAUUCAAUUCGCAAAUAACGAAUCGUUAUUUUAAAAGCGACAGAAAAUUUAUGCAUCAUUGUCAUCUACAAUCCAUCACUCACUAUCAGUUGCAAUGUAAAUACGGACGUAGCGAUUAAGCUUCUCAAUUAUCAUGUCUUUCCCCGUCUCUCCUUAGGUCUGUUUCUUAUAAUCAAGCUUUGCGGUAUCUUAUUUUUGCGAAUCAGCUGGACGACUUCGAGCAGCUGAUACGGUGACUGAUACGAGAGGAAAGAUGAAGUUGACGAUAAAGUACAUAGUUAUAUAAUUUUUCACUGCCAUGUGCUGAGUUAUUCAUAUUUAAAAUAUGACAAGGUCCUGCGCCGUAGAAGGGACAGAUAUUAUUCACUGGCGUAUGAGUGUAAUCAAAGCUUUAAGACUUUGAUAUAUCUCCCAUUAUAUUACCGAAAAGACAAUAAAUUCUCGUCAUAGCCAAUGCCAUUUCAUUGGAGAAACGAUAAACGACUUUUUAACGAUGUUAGAUAUUGCAUUUUUGCACGUUGAAAAGAGAAUGCACAUUUGUAUAUUUAUAAUGCGAAACACAUAAGUUUUACGGACAUUACUCUCCCCCCCCCCCCCCCCAUUGACGUCGGCUAUUAAUCUCUGAAAAGCAAGAUCCUUGAAGCAAAACGCGUACAUCAAUAAUCAAAGAGAGUUGAUGAACUGUUGAUUCUUCGAAUCCAGAUUGCACUCAUACCAUGAUGAAUACUUAUCAUUUAUCGUAUACAUAUACAUAUGUAGGUGCUUAAAUGUGAUUUUUAAUACGAGGGAAUAACAGGUGAAUUAAUCAAGGAUUGAUAAACAAAUGAUGAAUGAGUAACUGACAGCAUCAUCGAACGUACGUACGUUUUUUUAUUAAACAAAUUUUAAUCAGUCUGCGUGAUAUAUGAAACGAAGAAAGUUACGUAUGAGAGAGAGCGGUAGGCAUAAGGAUGGCAUAAAAGAAUCGUGUGUGUUGCUACAUAUAUAAAAUUUAUAUCAAAUAGAUUACGAGAGAUUCGCGUAUAAAGUAAACAGUAAUUAGCACUCUCUAUAUUCGAGACCUUGUGAAAGUAAAACGUACAAUUCGAUAAUAAUAAUAAUUGUUCGGCCAUCAAGAUAUAUCGUAUAUCUGCACACGUAGAUUAUUCCAGAUAUCGGUUCAAGUGCAAUAUCUGCAAUAAAGCAAUUACUUUACUAUAUUUUCAAACGAUUGAAACAAUUAAUUUUAGUCUUUCCAAGCCACUGGACUAUAUUAGAUAUAGUUGUAGACACAAUGUUUUCAUAUCGGUAAAACUUCUCGGAUAAUUAACCGUCGAUUAAAUACGUUUUCCGUGUGUCUAUUUUAUAAGUUUACAUGAUAAAAAUUAGACUAUAUUCAUAGUAUAAUUAUUACAAAUAUACGAGAGAAAUUUGCAGCCAAUGCAUUCUUCUGAACCUUUUUUUGUUCUUCACAUUUUCUCAUUAAUAUUUACUUCGUCAAGAAGUAUUGUUUAAAUUGUACAAAAUGCUAUAUUUUUCAAUGAUCUUUACAUAUAACGUACCGCAGUAUGUGCGCUAUCGAUAUAUAAUGUUUCGUUAGUAUGUUCUUUACGGUAUAUAAUCAGAUUAAUCAGCCAAACCAUUGCGCGCGACGAAAGGGAAAAGUAUCACUGAACGAGAUUCUACAGAUUGCCUUUAGAUAUUAUUUGAGGAAUGAGAUACCGAGAUAAUGUAUCAUAGCCCCCGUGGAAUUUUCUACGAUCGCUACGAUUCUAUUAUAACACUGUAAAUGAUCAUGUACAGAAGAAACCGAUGCAUAUACCUGUAUAUUAUAUUCUAACACACUUCAACCGUACACUCCGACAUCGAAUGAACGCUUUUGGAUGUUCAUGCAAACGUUAGUUACAUAAUACUGUAAUAUGUACGUAUAUUGCAUUAUAUGUACAGGGUGCAAUCACAAAUAUUCCGGUCUGAAAUGCCUUCUUCACGCAAUUGCGGCGCUCGGAUGAAUAAUGUCAGUGGCAUCCUAAUUAGAACACUUCAAUUAGCAGCGAUAUUUCAGGUGGUAAUAGCUAAUAUUGCUCCGCCCUGUAUAUAAAAUCACUACUGAAAGUAUCUACCGUAAUACAUAAACAUAAAUGUAGUCUAUUGUUACAUAAUAAUUCUUCAAAGAAAAUGAGACAAUAAAUUAUAAUUUUGCUAACAAA